AUGGUUCCAUUUUCUGCAGAUGUAUCUCUGGUAUGUGGCCUGCCCCUAUCUUUCGAGUCCAAAUUUCAAAGGAUAAGAACGGAGCUAACCUUCUGGCCUGGUUCUCUAAAGGACCAACCAUCUCAAGAAGACAUCGUCAUUUGCCCUGAUUUGGGCGGGAAAUACCAAUGCAGGAUUUGCUCAAAAUACUUCCCCUGCCACGAGCCAUAUCAGCACCACGUAACCAAGCACGGCGAAGCUAUCAAACAUAUUUACACCAAAUCUAGGCAAUUAAAUCCCACCAAAUCAGACAUCAGGGCCUAUCAUGGUGUCUAUUGCCAUCGCGGUAUCCAUUAUGUUCGAGUAACUAUCUCGGAAUUCUUUGGAUCUACCUCUUCGAUACGGAAGAUAGAUGAGGAAGAUGUGUUGACCUUUGGAGAUUUCCAUGAAAAAAAAUUCAACUCUACGGAAAUAUACAACUAUACAUUAGAAAGAAUGGAAGAGUUCGAUAGCCGGUGUUGCAGGAGAAUUCCCAACACAACCGUGGUAAGGACCCUACGACGUCUAUCUUCACAUGCGAAGACUAAUCCCAUACAGUUCAGUCCCAAAAACAUUUUGAAAUUGCUGCGAUCAUGCUUCGCGUGUAUUCCGACACCGAGAUGGUUAAGACCUAGACAUUGGCCCAGCAUACCAGACCCGAGAGCGACAUCGCUCUAUCCGUCAACUGAGGCUACCACUACCAACAACGCGCAUCUUCUGGUUACUGAUGAUCUAAUCUCAAUUGAGAGUCAACCUGUAUCAUGGAAAUCUCUGGGACACCGUCAAGAUUCAGCCAGACCAGCAUAUUCAUACCCCUCAUCACCAACUGUGCCACAAACAGCCCUGGUUGAGGCCACUCCAACGUAUGCUGCUACUGGUCAACUACGCAUCUCACCUCCUUUCCAGGCGACAAAUUUUCUUCCUGAGAGUGUCACUGGAAUCGUAGCUGUAGGUUCUUUCUGCUCGACUUCCAAUGGUGUUCGCGGUCACAAGGUACUUGUCGCAACCUGGUCAGAUACUGUAAUGCUCUUACAGCAAGUGGAUCUUGAUGCGCUUCUUUCACACGAGCGUCUUAUGAAUCAACUACAAGAUAUUGUUGGUGAACAGGCUUUUGGGGAGUUGUUGAAGUUUCAGGACAAGUGUAUGGAUAUUCUUGAGCCUGUUUAUCGGGGCAUCCUACCAGAUGAUUUACCAAUCAGAGUAGGCGAAGAGCUUUCGUUAGAGAAGUGUUCUCCAAUGCUUCUGGCCCACGUCAACAACUGUAUUCAUAUCUAG